GAAAAAAAUCCAAAUGCCCAUGAACUGAUGAAUGGAUAAACAAAAGGUGGUAUGGCCAUACAAUAGAAUAUUCUUCAGCCAUAAAAAGGAAUGAAAUACUAAUACAUGUUACAACAUGGAUUAACUCUAAGUUAUUAUCUAAAUUACCCUUCUUACUUAAACAAUCACUUCCAAAUAUGGCUGUACUUUGAAAUCACCUGGGGAGUUUAUGCAGCUUCCUGGAAAUCUUUGAGAUCAGGACACCUGAACUUAUGUUUAAAAUCUACUUCUCAAUGACCUCUAAGGUCCGUUAUAGCAUUAGGAGUUAUAUGAAAUCUGUGAUAGUGGGUCACCGACACCUACAUUUCUGAAGCAGAGGCAGUAAGAGAACCAAGCCCAAUGAACAGUUGUUCCUUAGAAUGGGUCUUCCAAUAGGUUCUUCUUGAAGCCUAAGCUGCUUCCUCUCCAAGGCAUCACUCCACCACACCCCCACCCUCAUGGUUGAAUGAAGAUAUUCCUAACAGUGAUGAACUAUGGCCGAAGCGAAAGGCCACGCCUGAUGUCAUCAUGCCUGUGUGAGCUGCUUUAAUAAGGAAUCACCCAUUUUGCUACUAGAGUUUAUAAUAACCAGUCCCUUCCUCUAUGAUAAAGACAUGGUUGGAUAGAAUGAAGUAAUGGACUUCUGACAGUCCCAGGCUUUCUGUUUAUCAGUAGUUGUGUGCUUUUAAGCUAACACAGGUUCAGUGUUAAUAAUGGGGCUGAUUUCUUGUUUACUUGUUUCCCUUACUAUUAAAGAACUGAGCUGACAAAUGUUCCGGCUACUGAUCUCUUGCUGUUCUCACCUAAAGGCAACUGAAGAGAGACGAAGGAAUGUGACCAUCAUCAUCAUUGGACUGGACAAUUCAGGCAAAACUGUUCUUGUGGAGGCGUUCCAAAGGCUUCUCCGCAGUAGGAUAGACAGUCAUAUGAAAUCUGAACUGACCACACUCCUGCUGGAUGAUUACAAAGUUUCCAUCUAUGACCUAAAUGGAGACACGAAGGGCCGAGAAACCUGGCCAAACUACUACGCGCAGGCACACGGACUUGUUUUUGUCCUGGACUCCAGCGACUUUGAACGCAUGCAGGAAGUGAAGGUCAUCUUUACACGACUGCUGUCUGAUAAAAGAGUGGCCGGGAAACCCAUCCUACUCCUGGCCAACAAGCAAGACAAGAAGGACGCCCUUCUACCUUUUGAUAUUAUUGAAUAUCUGCUGCUGGAAAGGCUAAUGAACGAGAAGAAGUCCUGGUGCCGACUGGAACCUUGUUCAGCCAUCAAAAACCUCCAAAGAAGGAGCCAUCAGCCUAUAAUUGAAGGCCUGCGCUGGCUGUUAUCUGCUAUUGGGAAUAAAUAUGAAGAGCGGUGUACUCGCCAACAGGCACUCCCAUUGGGCAUCCCAGCCUCCAAGGGUGCCACAGGCUUUGGAGAAAGAUGCUCAUCAGAAAGCUCCACUACCAGGAUGGGAAUGUCCAAAGAAAAGAGACCUAAUCUGGGACAACGCUCAAUGGAACCUAGGCCUCUAAAGUCAAUCCUACAGGUAAAUGGCUCAUUAAAUGUUACUGCCCCAGAGACCAAUCCCUGAACUCUCAGGAACUGACUUUCUUUUUUUUUUUUAGGGCCACACCUGCAGCAUAUGGAAGUUCCCAGGCUAGGGGUUGAAUUGGAGCUGCAGCUACCAGCCAUAGCCACAGCCACAGCAAUGCAGGAU